GCCCCGCGGAGCAGGUGGCCGACGCGAUUGGCUGAAGGCUCGGAUGACGUAGCAGCGUGCCAUGGUCCCACCGCCCGCCCGUCUGCGCUUAACCCCCGCAGGCAGCUCUCUCUUCCGCUCUCUCUUCCACCGCCGCUCUCACCCACAAGGAUCCCUGAACCCGCCCAGCGACAUGCUGACCGGUCUGUUCCGUGUGCACGGCCACCUGGUGGCCUCCCACCCCUGGGAGGUCAUCGUGGGCACCGUCACCCUCACCAUCUGCAUGAUGUCCAUGAACAUGUUCACCGGCAACGACCAGAUCUGUGGCUGGAACUUCGACUGCCCCAAAACCGAGGAGCAAAUUCUGAGCAGUGACAUCAUCAUCCUGACCAUCACACGCUGCAUUGCCAUCGUCUACAUUUACUUCCAGUUCCAGAACUUGAGACAGCUGGGGUCCAAGUACAUACUAGGCAUCGCUGGCCUUUUCACCAUAUUCUCCAGUUUUGUCUUCAGCACCGUGGUCAUUCACUUCCUGGAUAAAGAGCUGACGGGACUCAACGAGGCGCUGCCCUUCUUCCUGCUUCUCAUCGACCUGUCCAAAGCGUGCGCCCUGGCCAAGUUCGCCCUGAGCUCCGGUUCUCAGGAUGAAGUGAGGGACAACAUUGCUCGGGGCAUGUCGGUGCUGGGCCCCACCUUCACCCUGGACGCCCUGGUGGAGUGCUUGGUGAUCGGAGUGGGAACCAUGUCAGGGGUGCGGCAGUUGGAAAUCAUGUGCUGCUUUGGCUGCAUGUCGGUCUUGGCCAACUACUUUGUCUUCAUGACGUUUUUCCCGGCGUGUGUCUCACUCGUGCUGGAG